CUUUUCUCUCACAGCCAGCUGGACAUUCCGUUCCAGAGUCGGCAGCAGGCGCUCGUGGCCGAGCAGGCGCUAAGGCCAGACCCGGUGCUCAAGCCAGACCAGUCGAGAAUCGAGUACAGCGUGUGUGGCAGCGAGGACUGUGGCGGGGUGCUGCGCAUCGACGUCCAGGGCGUGGACGACCGAGUCGUACGGGUGACAGCCAACAACGUGUUGGAAAGCUUGAAGACGGUGGUGGAGUGCCUCGAAGAGUUUGAG